AUGGAAUCCUGCAAAAUCAUCUCUUCAUCUCCAAUUCUGAAGCUCCGACUCCCCGAAUUUCCAACUACAACUAAACACAAAUCCCUGAAAUUAAAGUGGCAAAAUUACAACAUACGACGUCAUCGAAUCAUCACCAGAGCUUCUUCUUCUUCUGGAUGUUUGGAAGAUUUGAAGAAGGCUUACAGAAAGGCUGCCAUUAAGAAUCAUCCUGAUAAGGGUGGAGAUCCAGAAAAGUUCAAGGAGUUGGCCCAGGCUUAUGAGGUUUUGAGUGAUCCAGAGAAACGUGAAAUUUAUGAUCAGUAUGGUGAGGAUGCGCUCAAGGAAGGAAUGGGAGGAGGUGGUGGUGGCCACGACCCCUUUGACAUCUUAUCAUCUUUCUUUGGAGGAGGAAGCCCAUUUGGAGGUGGUGGCAGCAGCAGAGGAAGGAGGAAGAGGAGGGGAGAAGAUGUUAUGCAUUCUCUUAAGGUGUCGCUGGAGGAUCUUUACACUGGAACAUCAAAGAAAUUGUCCCUCUCUCGCGAUGCCAUCUGCUCCAAGUGCACUGGAAAGAUGUCACUAAGAAUUAAAGUGGGGUUGUGGUAA